GCAGUAGUGCAAUGGCCAUUGAUCGAAUGAUGCCGAUGGCUUUGUACAGAGCAGCAGUGGAAGGUAAAGAAGAUGACGACGACGAUGAAUAUUAUUUUGAGGCUCUCCGGCAGCCGGCGGCGGGAGUUACUACUACUGCAUAUGGCGGCAAUACUGUGCUGCACGUUGCAGCGCUCCACGGCCAAAAACAAUUUAUGGAUAAGAUCCUAAUACUAGCAGAAACAGAAGAGGAUUAUCAUCGUAUGUCGUGUAUGUUGCUUGCUAGGAACAAGAACGGCGAAACUGUGCUCCACUGUGCAGCGGAGAAAGGCUAUGCCGACAUUGAGUCUCUGGUCAUCAGUGCCACCAAGAUAUUAUACUACAAGGAUGUAGAGAUUGGUGUUGGAGUGAGGGAGAUGAUAGGGAUGAUGGAUAAUGUGAAAGACACGGCCUUGCACAAGGCCGUACGAAUGGGGCAUUUGGAGGUGGUGAAGUUACUGAUUCAAGAGGAUCCUGAAUUUGAGUACUUUGCCAAUGAUGCUGGAGAGACGCCCAUUUACAUAGCAGCAGAGUUGCAAUUUGAUGAGUGUUUGGUGGAAAUGCUUAACACAUGUAGAAAGCCUACCUAUGAUGGACCAUUGGGUCGAAAUGCUCUGCAUGCAGCAGUUUUAUCAGGCUUUGAAUACACAGAGGUUUGGUUCGGACCUACUAUCAGAAGUGUGAUUCAGUUUAUAUUUUUUUUAUUCAAUUGCAUUUAUUCCUUAUCGGGAUAUAAAAGUGUAUACCUCAAAAUGCACAAAACCACUGUUGAAAAAGGAGUUUUCUUUGUGGGGCAAAAGUGACGAUUUUGGUUGGACUCCGCUACACUAUGCCGUCAGAGUGGAUAAUGCUGGAGCUGCUGCCAUGAUACUUGAGAGAGAAAGGUCUGCAGCCUACAUUCGUGCAGGCAACAACAAUGACGACAAAGAAUAGACAACAAUAUUCCAUAUAGCAGCAAGGCAUGACAACAUUGAAAUGAUGAAAGAGAUAUCAAAGUGGUGUCCAGAUUGUUGGGAGAUGAAGAAUAGCAAAGGGCAAAAUGUGUUACAUGAAGCAGUUGUGAGUAACAGUAUGAAAGUGAUAAAACAUAUAGAAAGCUCCAAUCAAUUUGACAACCUUGUUCUUCAGAAAGACCAUGAUGGCAAUAUACCGCUCAACCUGCUUGACAUUUCUUCCAGCCUCACUUUACAAAGAAUUUUACGUAAGCGUCCAAAGCAGAAUUAUAUGGUCUUUAAUAAGAAACACCAAACUCUUCUUGACAUGGUGCG